AUGACUUCUGAAGAUGGAGACAUUUUGGCUCUUCUGUCUGAGCCAAGCCUAAAGGAAGAGCAACUUGAGGCUUCUGAAUCUGAUGAUAUAUUUCCUGCUAUUCUGGAAGCCAUUAAAUCAAAUAAGAAUGUAGUUGAACUUUCACCUGAGGAAGCUGCCUGGGCAGAUUCAUGCUUCGUGCAGACUUCUGAACUGUCAGAUGAUGACUGGGGAGCGAUGAGGAGUGCGUUGCUUGAUGCCCUUGAAAAGCCAACAGAAAGUCCUGAUGAUAUUUCAGAAAGUGCACAUAAUGCAAUCUCAGAGGCAAAACUUCACUUCCUCCCUGCUGAAAAUAUUUCUGAGCAUGGCGACAUCCACAUGGAGCAAAUAAACAAUACCGAUGAUGACCAGGAUGGAAUUGAAGCAUGUGAAAUUGCUGAUGUAAUCAGAGGUGCAGAAGAACAUGGUAAGCAAAUGGAUAGUUAUGUAGAGGCUGGUGAUGAGUUGGCUUCAUCUGAGGUUCUUGAGCAGACCCAGUCAACAGGUUCUAUAUUUAAGGUUUGGGAUCUGGAGGUGCCUUUUUCUGAUGAUGAUGAUGGCGAGCUUGAACUCAUCAAGGAUCUGAAGAAGCUCCUCAAGGAGAAGGACAGCCUUCCAGAGGAUGUAUAUCCAACUCUUCCUCCAGAUGAUGCAGCCAAACCCUUGAGCCAGAUAAGCAUCGAUGAACUUGUGGCGGGCUUGAGCGACUUGUCAAUACAGCGAGCCAAUGAGUGA